AUGACAGGGAAGUCCAAUCUAGUCGCCCUAGGAGCCAUACUGUUCUCUGGUGCUGUCCAUGCCUCUCUCCAAAUCGUCUCCGGCGGUUCCUGGACCGCCGCAAACACAGGCAUGCACAUCCAAGCGCACGGUGCUGGUGUCAUAAAGGUCGGAUCCACCUACUACCUCAUUGGCGAGAACAAGCUCGAUGGCUACUCCUUCCAAUCCAUCCGCUGCUACUCCUCCACCAACCUGAUCGAUUGGACCUUCGUCAACAACCUUCUCACGCUGCAAGACUCUGGGGAUCUCGGACCAAACAGAGUCGUCGAAAGGCCCAAGAUCUUGUAUAACUCUGCGACUAGCCAGUAUGUCAUGUACAUGCAUGUCGACUCGAGCAACUACGCCGACGCAAGAGUCGGAGUUAGUACCAGCAGCAGCGUGUGUGGAGCCUACACGUACAGAGGUAGCUUUAGACCUCUGGGAUUCCAGAGCAGAGACAUGGGGUUGUACCAGGAUUCGGAUGGGGCCGGGUACCUGUUGACUGAAGAUAGAGAGAAUGGCCUGAGAAUUGACCGCCUGUCGGAUGAUUAUCUGAAUGUGACGUCGAAUGUCUACACCUGGGCGGAGAAGUACGAGUCCCCGGCGGUUAUUAAGAAGAACGGGGUGUACUUUAUGUUUGCGAGUCAGCUUACCGGGUGGAAUGCAAACGAUAACAAAUAUUCUACUGCGACAAGCUUGAGUGGGCCAUGGUCAGCAUGGGCAAACUUCGCAACUAGCGGAUCCAACACUUACACGUCUCAAACAAACUAUGUCCUCACGAUUGGUGACAUGGCCAUGUAUAUGGGCGACCGCUGGGUUUCCUCCAACCUGAUGUCCUCCACCUAUGUCUGGCUCCCACUUACUAUCUCCGGAACUACCGCCUCCCUCACCUGGUACUACAACUGGGUCAUCAAUGCCGCCGCCGGCACUUGGUCCACCCCACCCGCCGACAACUCCUACGAAGCUGAAUCUAGCACCAACACUCGCACCAGCGGCACCCAAAUCUUAUCUUGUACCGACUGCUCUGGCACCUCCACCGUUGGCUACAUUGGCGGUUCUGCAGGUGAUACCCUCACCUUUAACGGUAUUUCCUCCUCGACCACGACCAGGACCACCAUCAGGAUGAGGUACACAAACGGCGACACUACACAGCGAUUUGCGGACAUUACGGUCAAUGGUGUCACACAAAGGAUUGCCUUUGUGCCCACGGGCAGCGGACAGAUCACGGGUGUGGCGAGCAUGACCUUUAACUUGAACAGCGGGACAGGGAACACGUUGAAGGUUGCAGGAGUUGAUGGUGGAUGGGCGCCAGAUGUGGACCGGAUUGUGGUUCCGGUUUCGUAG